AUGUACCCGUCGGCCCGAGUGUCACAGGACCCCGUCGGCCCGAGUGUCACAGGACCCCGUCGGCCCGAGUAUCACAGGACCCCGUCGGCCCGAGUAUCACAGGACCCCGUCGGCCCGAGUAUCACAGGGGAACAGGACCCCGUCGGCCCGAGUGUCACAGGGGAACAGGACCCCGUCGGCCCGGGUAUCACAGGACCCCGUCGGCCCGGGUAUCACAGGACCCCGUCGGCCCGGGUGUCACAGGACCCCGUCGGCCCGGGUGUCACAGGACCCCGUCGGCCCGAGUGUCACAGGACCCCGUCGGCCCGAGUGUCACAGGACCCCGUCGGCCCGAGUGUCACAGGACCCCGUCGGCCCGAGUGUCACAGGACCCCGUCGGCCCGAGUGUCACAGGACCCCGUCGGCCCGAGUGUCACAGGACCCCGUCGGCCCGAGUAUCACAGGGGAACAGGACCCCGUCGGCCCGAGUAUCACAGGACCCCGUCGGCCCGAGUACCACAGGGGAACAGGACCCCGUCGGCCCGAUAUCACAGGGGAACAGGACCCCGUCGGCCCGAGUAUCACAGGACCCCGUCGGCCCGAGUACCACAGGGGAACAAGACCCCGUCGGCCCGAGUAUCACAGGGGAACAGGACCCCGUCGGCCCGAGUAUCACAGGGGAACAGGACCCCGUCGGCCCUAGUAUCACAGGGGAACAGGACCCCGUCGGCCCUAGUAUCACAGGGGAACAGGACCCCGUCGGCCCGAGUGUCACAGGACCCCGUCGGCCCGAGUAUCACAGGACCCCGUCGGCCCGAGUAUCACAGGGGAACAGGACCCCGUCGGCCCGAGUGUCACAGGGGAACAGGACCCCGUCGGCCCGGGUAUCACAGGACCCCGUCGGCCCGGGUGUCACAGGACCCCGUCGGCCCGGGUGUCACAGGACCCCGUCGGCCCGAGUGUCACAGGACCCCGUCGGCCCGAGUGUCACAGGACCCCGUCGGCCCGAGUGUCACAGGACCCCGUCGGCCCGAGUGUCACAGGACCCCGUCGGCCCGAGUGUCACAGGACCCCGUCGGCCCGAGUGUCACAGGACCCCGUCGGCCCGAGUGUCACAGGACCCCGUCGGCCCGAGUGUCACAGGACCCCGUCGGCCCGAGUGUCACAGGACCCCGUCGGCCCGAGUGUCACAGGACCCCGUCGGCCCGAGUGUCACAGGACCCCGUCGGCCCGAGUGUCACAGGACCCCGUCGGCCCGAGUGUCACAGGGGAACAGGACCCCGUCGGCCCGAGUAUCACAGGACCCCGUCGGCCCGAGUACCACAGGGGAACAAGACCCCGUCGGCCCGAGUAUCACAGGGGAACAGGACCCCGUCGGCCCGAGUAUCACAGGGGAACAGGACCCCGUCGGCCCUAGUAUCACAGGGGAACAGGACCCCGUCGGCCCUAGUAUCACAGGGGAACAGGACCCCGUCGGCCCUAGUAUCACAGGGGAACAGGACCCCGUCGGCCCGAGUAUCACAGGGGAACAGGACCCCGUCGGCCCGAGUAUCACAGGACCCCGUCGGCCCGAGUAUCACAGGACCCCGUCGGCCCGAGUAUCACAGGGGAACAGGACCCCGUCGGCCCGAGUAUCACAGGGGAACAGGACCCCGUCGGCCCGAGUAUCACAGGACCCCGUCGGCCCGAGUAUCACAGGGGAACAGGACCCCGUCGGCCCGAGUAUCACAGGACCCCGUCGGCCCGAGUAUCACAGGGGAACAGGACCCCGUCGGCCCGGGUGUCACAGGGGAACAGGACCCCGUCGGCCCGGGUGUCACAGGGGAACAGGACCCCGUCGGCCCGGGUGUCACAGGGGAACAGGACCCCGUCGGCCCGGGUGUCACAGGGGAACAGGACCCCGUCGGCCCGGGUGUCACAGGGGAACAGGACCCCGUCGGCCCGGGUGUCACAGGGGAACAGGACCCCGUCGGCCCGGGUGUCACAGGGGAACAGGACCCCGUCGGCCCGGGUGUCACAGGGGAACAGGACCCCGUCGGCCGGGUGUCACAGGGGAACAGGACCCCGUCGGCCCGGGUGUCACAGGGGAACAGGACCCCGUCGGCCCGGGUGUCACAGGGGAACAGGACCCCGUCGGCCCGGGUGUCACAGGGGAACAGGACCCCGUCGGCCCGGGUGUCACAGGGGAACAGGACCCCGUCGGCCCGGGUGUCACAGGGGAACAGGACCCCGUCGGCCCGGGUGUCACAGGGGAACAGGACCCCGUCGGCCCGGGUGUCACAGGGGAACAGGACCCCGUCGGCCCGGGUGUCACAGGGGAACAGGACCCCGUCGGCCCGAGUGUCACAGGGGAACAGGACCCCGUCGGCCCGAGUGUCACAGGGGAACAGGACCCCGUCGGCCCGAGUGUCACAGGGGAACAGGACCCCGUCGGCCCGAGUGUCACAGGACCCCGUCGGCCCGAGUGUCACAGGACCCCGUCGGCCCGAGUGUCACAGGACCCCGUCGGCCCGAGUGUCACAGGACCCCGUCGGCCCGAGUGUCACAGGACCCCGUCGGCCCGAGUGUCACAGGACCCCGUCGGCCCGAGUGUCACAGGACCCCGUCGGCCCGAGUGUCACAGGACCCCGUCGGCCCGAGUGUCACAGGACCCCGUCGGCCCGAGUGUCACAGGACCCCGUCGGCCCGAGUGUCACAGGACCCCGUCGGCCCGAGUGUCACAGGACCCCGUCGGCCCGAGUGUCACAGGACCCCGUCGGCCCGAGUGUCACAGGACCCCGUCGGCCCGAGUGUCACAGGACCCCGUCGGCCCGAGUGUCACAGGACCCCGUCGGCCCGAGUGUCACAGGACCCCGUCGGCCCGAGUGUCACAGGACCCCGUCGGCCCGAGUGUCACAGGACCCCGUCGGCCCGAGUGUCACAGGACCCCGUCGGCCCGAGUGUCACAGGACCCCGUCGGCCCGAGUGUCACAGGACCCCGUCGGCCCGAGUGUCACAGGACCCCGUCGGCCCGAGUGUCACAGGACCCCGUCGGCCCGAGUAUCACAGGGGAACAGGACCCCGUCGGCCCGAGUAUCACAGGGGAACAGGACCCCGUCGGCCCGAGUAUCACAGGGGAACAGGACCCCGUCGGCCCGAGUAUCACAGGGGAACAGGACCCCGUCGGCCCGAGUAUCACAGGGGAACAGGACCCCGUCGGCCCGAGUAUCACAGGGGAACAGGACCCCGUCGGCCCGAGUAUCACAGGGGAACAGGACCCCGUCGGCCCGAGUAUCACAGGGGAACAGGACCCCGUCGGCCCGAGUAUCACAGGACCCCGUCGGCCCGAGUAUCACAGGGGAACAGGACCCCGUCGGCCCGAGUAUCACAGGACCCCGUCGGCCCGAGUAUCACAGGGGAACAGGACCCCGUCAGCCCGAGUAUCACAGGACCCCGUCGGCCCGAGUAUCAGGGGAACAGGACCCCGUCGGCCCGGGUAUCACAGGGGAACAGGACCCCGUCGGCCCGGGUAUCACAGGGGAACAGGACAUCCUGUCAGCACAAUUUCAAGCUGAAGUACUUCUGCAGACUGUCGUCGUGGCGUUUGGUGUUGAACCAAACUGUUAG